UGUUUCCGGGAGACACAGUUAUGAAGUGAGUUUUCCUGUACUCAAGAAAAGGAGGAAAAAAAGGACUUGAAAAAAGAGAAUGAUUAAUAUUAAGAUCUCCAAGCUGUUCAAGUGUUUUCAAAGCCUCUUUCAAUGGCAAGAUUUAUGAAUAUUUAUCCAAGUACCUUUACUUCUUCACAGCUUUGCAAGGCAGGUGCGCAACAGUAGGGAACAGCUCGUAAAUUAUUUACAAUGUUUUUACUUUCAAUAGAUCACUUUGGUAACGAGCACUUAUCAGGUGAAAUGUUCUUAGGUGAACCCUAAAAUUAUGCGCGAGUUCUCUACUUCAUGGCUAUUUUCGCACUCGAUCAGUGUUUUUAAACUGACAAAGUUUACACGAACCUAACUCGCACAUAUGGCUGAAGCCGAACGCGUUCUUAUUGCUGCGAAAGACGGAGAUCUUCAAACUUUACGAUCGCUCCGUCGAUCAGCGCCUUUCGCGGCGGAUGGAUUUGGAGCGACUGCUCUUCAUUACGCGGCAAGAACAGGAAGGAUCGAUUGUGUAAAAUGGCUGGUCGAAACUGUUGGAAUUUCUCCUAACGUUCACGGAAGAAGUGGGGCGACACCGUUUCAUGAUGCUGCGGCUCAAGGAGAGCUAGAGUGCGUGAAAUAUUUCCUUGCGACCGGUGAGGUGGAUGCAGACACUCGAGAUGGCUCUGGACAUACUGCACUGCAUCUAGCGGCGAGAUUUGGAAGGUUUGACACCGUCAAAUGGUUGAUCGAGAAAGGGAACGGUAACCCCAGGGCCAAGUCAAGGAAUUUCAUGACUCCAGUGCAUUUUGCUGCUUGUGGAGGGCACCUGACAUGCUUAGAGCUGUUGGUUUUUAAAGCUGGUUACAGCUGUGUUAAUGAUAUUGCAACAGAUGGAACAACUCCCUUGUAUCUCGCUUCUCAAGAUGGUAAUCUAGACUGUGUUAAGUAUCUGCACAGUGUUGACGGCAAAUGUAAUGCAAGAGCCCGGGAUGGAAUGCUGCCAAUUCAUGCUGCAGCCCAGAAUGGACAUCUAGACUGCAUAGGAUAUCUGAUGGAAAAGGGACGGUCCUCAGCAAAUGAGAGAGAUGGAACCAGUGCCACACCUGCACACUAUGCUGCCUCACAAGGUCAUGUGACUGUGUUAAAGUGGCUGAAUGCCAAAGGGGUUGUUACUGCAACAGACCAAAUGGGUAGCACUCCCCUACAUGAUGCUGCAGAACAAGGACAAUUUGAGUGUAUCAAAUACCUUGUAGAAAAUGCAGAGCUGAACGUGCAACAGAAAGACAAGGAGGGGAUGAAUCCCUUAACCUUAGCAGAGAAAAAUGGUCACCGCAGAUGUUUAGAUUACCUCAAGAUUGCAGCAUCAAAGCAAGCCAAAGCUCAAAAGAGACUGACGGAUACCAAGAAACAUGAUUCGGUUACAGAGAACUUGAAGCCAAAGAUGAUCGAUCCAGGGAAAAGUUUAGCAAUUUCAGCAAAGGAAAACGUCACUUUCAAAACUUUAGCGGAACCUGGUUUUCAAGUGAGAGAAAAGUCCGAACGAGCUUCUUUGCAACCAAGUCUUAACGAAAAGAAAAAGAAACCUGCAAUUUUAAAAGAAAUUAUCAUACCCUCAUCUGUUAACACUAGGGAUCUGAAUGAGAGUACAAAACCUUUCCCGCAACACACUCAAUCGAUAGCAUCCAAAGUCCUUCCUUCGUCGUUUACUAAAAAGUCCAUGAGCGAAAAACAGCCAUUUCCUUCACCGCCUUUAGUGGGGAUCAUUCCUCCUCCGCCAGAGUUUUCUGAGGUCACAGGUGAGGAAUCAUUUAAGCCGAAAGAAAACAUCAACUUGAAUGGAAACGAAGCCAAAAGUGAAACUUCCAACUUAAGCGGACUCUCUGAGUCAACACAUGUUGCUAAAGUUACAAAUCAAGAUGACUGCAGCGUUAUCGUAAAGGUUGAAUCUUUGUCAGCCAAGCCCACUACUUCGAGCCAUGGAAUCAACGAAUCUGAAGAUAAGUACACGAAGACGACUGUUAGAGGCAGCAUUGGCGGCCAACCAAUUGGAAACAAGGAUCAGAACGAGACGAGUCACGUGACUAGCGUAGGGUGUCAUGAAGUGAACGUCCAAUCAUUGCACGAGGAGUUGGUGAAUGUGCUGCCGCUGUGGAAGCGACAGAUCUUGAUGAAUCGGGUCAUCAAAGAAAAGGCGCGAGAACGAGCAGAGCGAGAAAAGAGAGAGAUUGAGCAGAGAAAGUGGUCUUCUGUACCUUCAUGGAAAAUACCUUUAAUCAGUAAGAAGGAAGAAGAAAGGCUAAAAGAAGAGCAGCGCUGGGUUGGCAUGCCUGACUGGAAGAAGAACUUACUCAGAAAAAGAGGAUCUGAACUUAUUUAUCGCGACUAUCACAAAAUUAAUGCCCCCAUGAGACGCAGAGUGUCAUUCAAGUCACCAGAUAUAUCUGAUGAAGAAGAAUUUGAUGGUGGGCCACGAACAACAGGACCGUCUUCGACUAAUUAAAGGCGAGAAAUGGAUUAAAACGUAUUUGGAA